UUUAUUAAGUCCCAUACAGUUGGAGAGUAGCUCUGUGAUUCCGGAUAUUGGAUUUAGCUAUAAAUAUUUAAACAUUUUAGUCUCGUAGGCGGCGCGGAGGGAAAUUCAGUACCAGCUGGUGGAGGACAGCUCCGUCUCCCUCCAGCUCGAUGUUGGUUAUUUUCAAUGUGGGCAUCUGCAGUGCGCGAGGGUAACGCUACAGAAGGUUGAGAUAUCUAUCCACCUAUACGAGGCGGGUGUACGAGGUGUGUGAUCGUAUUUUUGCGCCCGGGACGAUACUGUCGUCUUGAUCGCGGCCAGUUUAGAGGGUUAUUGGCAGCAAUAGUGAUGGCCGAGUGCGGAAGGAAGGCACUGUCACUCCUUGAAGCGGCCCGCUCCCGCUACGAGAGUUUACAGAUUUCGGAUGAUGUUUUUGGGGAAUCUGGUGACGACAGCAGCGAUAACCCCUUCUACAGCACGUCGGGCGACUCCAACUCGGACAACAACACCCCAGAAAGCUAUGGGGACGAGCGGAGGACAGGCGAGGUUUAUUGCAGUCAAUCCGGGCCCCCCGGCUCCCUUUCAAACGCCCAAGCAGAGGAGGAGGGUUGGAGUGACGCAGUUCGAGACAUCACGAUUCCGUCCUAUAAGGAUACCUGUGGGCCCACACAGAAGAUGCUGCCUACUGCCUCAGUGGUGGACUUCUUCCAGCUAUUUGUGCCAGACAAUGUCAUCCAGAAUAUGGUAACGCAGACCAACAUGUAUGCUAAGAAGUACCAGGAGCGCUUUGGGAAUGAUGAAGGCUGGUGCACGGUCACGGUCCCAGAGAUGAAAGCCUUCCUGGGCUUUGUUAUUUCCACUAGCGUGCACCGCUGUGAGUCGGUGCUCAGCAUCUGGAGCAGCGGCUUCUUUGCCAACAAAAGCAUUGCGCCCAAGAUGAGCCAGGCCCGCUUUGAGAAGAUCCUCAAGUAUUUCCAUGUGGUGGCCUUCCGUUCUAGCCAUGGCAGCCAGGGCCUCUACAAAAUACAGCCCUUCCUGGACUCCCUGCAGCAGUCCUUCAGUGGCACAUUCCACCCUUCACAGACCCAGGUGCUGCAUGAGCCUCUGAUAGACGAGGACCCAGUCUUCAUUGCCGCAUGCACAGAGAGGGACCUGCGGAAGAGAAAGAAGAGGAAAUUCAGCUUGUGGGUGCGACAGUGUUCAGCCACUGGCUUCAUCUGUCAGAUCUAUGUGCACUUGAAGGAGGGUCCAGGCCCAGAUGGCUUGGACACACUGAAAAACAAGCCGCAGCUCCACAGCCUGGUGGCCAAGCAGCUCUGUCAAAACCUUUCAGGGCACAAUGCCAUCAUCUUUACUGGGCCCAGCAUCACCAGCCUUCACCUUUUCCAGGAGUUUGAAAAGCAAGAGAUCUACUGCUGCGGCCUGCUGAGCUGCAGGAAGAGCGACUGCACGGGGCUGCCCCAGUCCAUGCUGGGCAACCCUGAUGUACCUCAAUGCCGGGGCCAGUCCAGGACAAAGAUGAAAGGCAACAUGUCCCUGAUCUGCUGGUACAACAAAGGCAACUUCCGUUUCCUCACCAACGCAUACCCACCCAACAAACAAGGAGUAAUCAUCAAAAGGAAAAGUGGAGAGAUCCCUUGUCCUCUGGCUGUGGAGGCCUUUGCAGCACAUCUAAGCUACAUUUGCAAGUAUGAUGACAAGUACAGCAAGUAUUUCAUUUUCCACAAGCCCAACAAGACUUGGCAGCAGGUGUUCUGGCUGACAAUCAGCAUGGCCAUCAACAAUGCGUACAUCCUGUACAAGAUGUCUGAUGCAUACCAAGCCAAGCGCUACAGCCGGGCACAGUUUGGGGAGAGGCUGGUGAGGGAGUUGCUUGAUCUGGAUGACUGCUCUCCCACACAAUGAGAGACCAGGGGAUGUGCCUACACAAAAUAUACACACAUUCUCACUCACACACCUACCCCAACCACUCACCCAUGCACACAGGUACACUCAUAUGGGACCUGAGAACAGAGCCUGUUUCCAUUGUCAUGCAGCAACAAAAACCAGGACAAACCCGGUUGGAUAGAACAGAAAAAAAUCCAAUGGAGUGAGAAAAGGCUCUUCCAGGUGUGGGGUCUUUUUUCCUCUGAAUUUGUGUGCGAGAGCAUGUAAUUUGGACACACACCCAUUGUGCAACUCCUGGAAAUUACAGGUGUAUCUGAGAUGAAUACAGCAAGCCAUAUCCAUGCCGCAUAAUGUCCUCAGAGUCAAAGAAUAGUCCUACAUUUCAUAUUGUAAACUCUGACUCUUUUGAAACUGCGUUGAACAUAAGGACGCAACUCACAUCUGCCUGUGAAAACGAGAUGUGUACAUAGUCAUAUGAAAAGGUGUCUGUAGUUUGUUGUUUAAACAGAAGACAGCUGAGGGCCUGUUAACAUCAACCUUCCACAGAAUAUAUGCAGCGGC